AUGACUGGAAGGAAGGAUUCACCGACUCCGAAGAUGCUGCCCUACUUUGAUCCGGACUACGAGAACUUCAACCAGCGCAUCAACUCUCCAAGGGUUUGCAUUGACAACACCACAUGCACCGACUGCACCUUGGUGAAGGUUGACAGCAUGAACAAGAAUGGCAUUCUGCUGGAGGUGCUGCAGGUCCUGAGUGAUCUGGACCUCCACAUCUUUAAAGCGUACAUCACCUCUGAUGGUGGAUGGUUCAUGGAUGUGUUCCAUGUCGUGGAUAAGCAAGGGCAGAAGAUUACUGAUGACAAGACCAUCAAGUACAUUGAGGAGGCUUUAGGUCCAGAGAGCAAUUUGCUGUGCCCAAAAGGCAGCAACUCACAUGGGAGGUCGGUGGGGCUGCACUCCAUCGGCGACCACACCGCCAUCGAGCUCAAGGGGCCCGACAGGACGGGCCUCCUCUCGGAGAUCUUCGCCGUGCUCGCCGACCUCCAGUGCAACGUGCUGGCCGCCGAGGUGUGGACGCACCGCAUGCGCGUGGCCUGCAUCGUGUACGUGAACGACGUGGCCACGGGGCAGGCCAUCGACGACCCGGGCCGCGUGUCCACGAUCGAGAACCGGCUGCGGCAUGUGCUCCGCGUCUACGGCGGCGGCGGGGGGGACGACGACGGCAGCGGCGCGCACGCCAACUUCACGGACGCCUCUUCGACGCCGCACCACCUGGACCGGCGGCUGCACCAGCUCAUGCACGCCGACGUGGACGCCGUCCACGGCGAUGGCGACGAUGGCGCCGGCGCCGGCGCGCCCGUGGCGGCCGGCGGCGAGGGCGACAGGCCGGAGGUGAAGGUGGAGCACUGCGAGGAGAAGUCCUACUCCGUGGUGAACGUCAAGUGCAAGGACCGGUCCAAGCUGCUGUUCGACAUCGUGUGCACGCUCACGGACAUGGAGUACGUCGUGUUCCAUGCCGCCGUGUCGUCCGAAGCCAACUACGGCAUCCAGGAGCUGUACAUCCGCCGCAAGGACGGCAAGACGCUUCUGAAAGACGAAGCAGAGAAGGUGGUCAGGUGCCUGGAAGCAGCCAUCUCUAGAAGAGUAUCCGAGGGCUUCACGCUGGAGGUGUGCGGCAGGGACCGGGUGGGCCUGCUGUCGGACGUGACGAGGGUGCUCCGGGAGCACGGCCUCACGGUGAGCCGCGCCGACGUGACGACGGCGGGCGGGCAGGCCACCAACGUCUUCUACGUCCGGGACCCCUCGGGCCAGCCGGUGGACAUGAAGACCGUCGAGGGGCUCCGGGGCCAGUUUGGCCAGACCGCCAUGCUCAACGUCAAGAACGUGAGCGUGCCUGCUGCGGUGGCCAGAGCGCCGGAGACAAGAUCCGGCGGCAUGGUCAGGAGCAGCUUCUUCUCCUUCGGCAGCCUCUUCGCAAAACUCCGGGCCUGA